AUGUCAGCCGCACACUGCUUCUCCAGCACCAACCCGUCCGGCCUGGUCGUCUACCUGGGGCGGCAGAAUCAGGAGGGCAGCAACUCCAACGAGGUUUCCAGGACUGUCUCUCGGAUCAUCACGCAUCCCAAUUACAACAGCGACACCAGCGAUAAUGACAUCGCCCUCCUCCAACUCUCCUCCUCCGUCACCUUCACUAACUUCAUCCGCCCAAUCUGCCUGGCAGCAGCCAACAGCACCUUCAACCGGGGCACCACCAGCUGGGUGACAGGCUGGGGCACCAUCAGAGUUGGAGUGUCCCUCCCCUCCCCACAGACCCUUCAGGAAGUGGAUGUGCCGGUGACGGGGAACAGGAACUGUUUCUGCCAGUACAACCCGUCAGGCGUCACCAUCACCGACAACAUGAUCUGUGCCGGGAGGGACGAGGGGGGCAAGGACUCCUGCCAGGGAGAUUCUGGCGGUCCGAUGGUGAGUAAGCAGGGUUCUGUGUGGGUCCAGGCGGGUGUCGUGAGCUUCGGUAUCGGCUGCGCCCGGGCCCAGUUCCCAGGAGUGUAUGCACGCGUCUCUCAGUACCAGAGCUGGAUCAACACCCAGAUCACCAGCGACCAGCCGGGCUUCGUCACCUUCACCUCCACCGGGACAGAUGCAGACCAGAGUGCCACCUGCACCGGUCUGCCUGCUGUCACCACCACCACCCCCACCCCCGCCCCCGCCAACACCACCGCCCCCAACACCACCGCCCUCAAUUCAGUGUGUGGGCAACCCCCCCUCAACACCCGCAUAGUGGGGGGAGAGAACGCCCCUGCGGGGGCGUGGCCAUGGCAGGCCAGCCUUCACCGCAACGACCGCCACUUCUGCGGGGGGUCCCUCAUCAACAAGGACUGGGUGAUGUCAGCCGCACACUGCUUCUCCAGCACGAGCACCUCCGACCUGGUCGUCUACCUGGGGCGGCAGAAUCAGGAGGGCAGCAACUCCAACGAGAUUUCCAGGACCGUCUCUCGGAUCAUCAGACAUCCCGAUUACAACAGCCGCACCAGCGAUAAUGACAUCGCCCUCCUCCGCCUCUCCUCCUCCGUCACCUUCACUAACUUCAUCCGCCCCAUCUGCCUGGCAGCAGCCAACAGCACCUUCAACCGGGGCACCACCAGCUGGGUGACAGGCUGGGGCAACAUCAGAUCAGGAGUGUCCCUCCCCUCCCCACAGACCCUUCAGGAAGUGGAUGUGCCGGUGACGGGGAACAGGAACUGUUUCUGCCAGUACAACCCGUCAGGCAUCACCAUCACCGACAACAUGAUCUGUGCCGGGAGGGACCAGGGGGGCCCCUGUCAGGGCGAUUCUGGCGGUCCGGUGGUGAGUAAGCAGGGUUCCCAGUGGGUCCAGUCUGGCAUUGUGAGCUUCGGUAUCGGCUGCGCCCUGGCCCAGUUUCCAGGAGUGAAUGCACGCGUCUCUCAGUACCAGAGCUGGAUCAACACCCAGAUCACCAGCGACCAGCCGGGCUUCGUCACCUUCACCUCCACCGGGACAGAUACAGACCUGAGUGCCACCUGCACCGGCCUGCCUGCUGUCACCACCCCCGCCCCCGCCACCCCCACACCGCCACCGGUGGUGUGUGGACGGGCCCCUCUGAACUCUCGUCUGAUUGGUGGAUCAGACGUGUCGGCGGGGGUGUGGCCGUGGCUGGCCAGCCUGCACCUGAACGGGACACACACCUGCGGAGGAACUCUGGUGUCCGAGACGCUCGUGCUCACCUCAGCCAACUGCUUCUCCAGCUCCAGCACGCCUUCUGAUUGGACGGUGUUCCUGGGCCGCCUGCGACAGAACGGCUCCAACUCCAAUGAGGAGUCUGUGGGUGUGGCCAACAUCACGCUGAGCAGCCUAUCAGGCGAGAACGUGGCCAUGGUGCAGUUGACCAGGAAGCCCACCCUCUCCAACUUCAUUCAGCCAGUCUGCGUGGAACAGAACGCGGGCACCAUCGCCACGGGAACCACCUGCUGGGUCGCAGGCUGGGGCAACGCACAGGCUGGAGGUGUGUGUCAGCCCCUUCAGGAGGUGCAGACAUCAGUGGUUGCCUGUGGCAACGCAUCCUCCUCUGCUGAUGACAUCUGCACCAACACUCUUCAGUUACAGCAGGGUGAUAUGGGAGGUCCCCUCAUGUGUAAGCAGGGCGUGUCGUGGUUCCAGGUUUCAGUGAUCGCUGUAAACUCCUCCUCCUCCACCUCCAGAGCCACCAGCCAAUCAGAUCGCUCCUCAGUGCAGGUCUUCAGUCGGACGUCUCGGUUCAGCACCUUCAUGUCAAACUUCUCCUUCCCUGCGACCUUCACCUCCGCCACCACCCCCAACACCACCUCCACCCCCAACACCAACACCACCACCACUACCACCUCCGCCACCAGUGGGGGGCGCCACUCCUACACCCCCCUCUCCCUCCUCUCCCUCCUCUUCCUCUCCGCCGCUCAGCUGGCCUCCCAGCACUAA